AUGGCGAACAACAUCUGGGCCAUACCCCUCGCUGUCACUGACUUUAACGUCAUCAUUGCGUUGUUGGGUGGAUAUAUUUCUCUCUUCGGUUUGGUAUCGUAUCUCUUGAAAGAGACAUAUUAUAUGUCCGAAGCCCUUAUAUCUCUUUUGGUUGGUGUGGCAUUUGGUCCGCACGCUGCUAAUUGGAUCCGACCGUGGUCCUACGCCGCUUGUCACCGCGAUGGUCUCACGGACGCCCAAUGCGAUGAUAGAUUGAUGGCUAUUACGCUCAACUUCUCCAGACUGGUUCUUGGUGUGCAGCUGGUUUUAGCUGGUGUCCAAUUGCCCAGCAAGUAUCUCUGGAAACAAUUGAAACCUGUUCUGCUUCUCGUCGGUCCCGGCAUGACAUGCAUGUGGAUGGCAACAAGUCUCAUUGUCUGGGGUCUGGUUGGCACGCCUAGUUUCUUGCAUGCCCUCGCUGUCGGGGCCUGCGUCACACCCACUGAUCCAGUCCUUUCCGCUGUCAUAGUCAAAGGAAAAUUUGCCGACCACAACAUCCCCAAGGACCUGCAGGAUCUGAUUGUCGCCGAGUCAGGGGCCAACGAUGGCCUAGGUUAUGCGUUCUUAUUCUUUGCCCUCUACCUGACUAAGUAUAUGGGGGUCGGGUCAACUGAAGGUGGUGCCGGAGAUGCCAUGGGCCUAUGGUUCGCUUUUACUUGGGGAUACACCAUUAUCCUGAGCAUCAUUUACGGCGCGGUCGUGGGCUGGGUUGCCAAAGAACUACUUCACUUUGCUGAAGAGCGCAAUUACGUGGAUCGUGAGAAUUUUCUUGUGUUUGCGAUUGCAUUGGCUUUAUUUGUUCUGGGGACAUGUGGCAUGAUUGGGACAGAUGACGUACUGGCAUGCUUCAUAGCAGGAAACACAUUCACCUGGGACGAUUGGUUCCGUCUCCAAACAAAGGAUGACUCUCUGCAGCCCACGGUCGAUAUGCUCCUCAAUGUUAGCAUCUUUCUAUGGUACGGUGCAUACCUCCCUUGGAAGUCGUUCGCCAACAACUCCAUUAUCCCGCUUAGCCGGUUGAUACCCCUCGGUCUGUUGGUCCUGAUUUUACGGCGUCUGCCGUGGGUGUUUGGUAUGCAUACAUGGAUUCGUCAGAUCCGCGAGGUUCGACAGGCUAUUUUUGUUGGCUUCUUUGGCCCGAUUGGCGUGUCAGCUAUUUUCUACCUCUUCAUCAGUAUUGAAUUUAUUGAGGAGCACUUGAGCAAUGACGAUGGUGUUCCUAGGAAGGAUGUUAAAGAUCUGGCGGAGACGAUUACGAUCGUUGUUUGGUUCCUUGCCGUGUGCAGCAUUGUGGUUCAUGGAUUGAGUAUCCCGCUGGGAAAACUUGGCUAUCUCGCGCCGAGGAUUCACCGCGUUCUUAGCGAAAGUCUUAGCGAGAGCCUUAGCAAUCAAAACCCCAUCGAAGCCGGUAGGGGAAUCCCCAUACUAAGGAGAUUAUUCUCUCCUCCUCCUGAGGAUCCCGAAGCGAAUCUUGCGACUCGUGUACGCCAAGGCACAGCUUCGAUUGCGCGAACUGGAUGUGGAGCUUUACCCUCGAAGAUCAAGGAGAAUGAUCAAGAGACUCGAGGCGAAGAACCUUCAGCUGCAAAUGGGAACGAGACUUCGGAAGGUUCAAGUGCUCGAACGGAUGGCGAGGCUGAAACUGGAGGGCCAGGGACUUGGACUCCGGCGAGGAGUGGGAGGAGGGAGGUUGUGUUCUUUGAUGAGGUGAUUGGCGGUGCCGGUCCGAGAGGCAGAUAA